AUGGAAAAAAAUGGAGCUGACCAUAACAUUGCUAUGGAAGGAUCUAAUGAUUUGUUCAUAGGCAACUGUAAUGGUACAGGAGAAUCAGAAACCAACGAUCAGGUUUUUCAGCAUCUAACCUGCAUGGAUUCCAGGGAUCCAUUGUUUGGACCGAGUGACUCUCCCACAGCCUUGCCCAUCGCAGUACGCCUCUCGGGCAGCUCUCCAUCAUCAGCUGCGCCUGCACGGCCACCCCAGCCACAGCCUCACUCCACAGAAGAGUCCCACGUGGUGGACCAAAGUGAGCAGCCUCUCUAUGAGCUGCAGCCCCCUGGAGGGCCCAGUGCACCGAUGAUGAUUGUUGCCAGCCAGUCAGAAAAUGGACAGGUGCUGCAUGUCAUUCCUUCUGCCCAGCCAGGAAUGGCCCAAGUGAUUAUUCCUCAAGGUCAACUUCUGGAUGUGACCAGCACGCAGGAUGUUUCAGAAGAGAAGCGUGGUGAUGGGAACUUGCAGACUGUAGUAGUGGCUGCUAUAGCAGACAGUGGAAGCAGUUACAUUCUACAUCCACAGGCAUCUCUCACCGUAUCGAAAAAAACAACCACCAGGGUAGUGGAAGAUCCCUUUCCCAUCCCUCUCCAGCUAUUGCCACCAAAUACACCCUCAUGGGCACGCCGUCUCAGGAACUGUGAGAAAAUUGGGGACUCAUACCGCGGCUAUUGUGUGAGCGAGACAGAAUUAGAGAGUGUUCUAACGCUACACAAGCAGCAAACACAAAGUGUGUGGGGGACGCGCCAGUCUCCAAGCCCAGCCAAACCCGCCACACGGUUGAUGUGGAAAUCUCAGUAUGUCCCAUAUGAUGGGAUCCCCUUUGUCAAUGCAGGAAGCAGAGCCAUUGUAAUGGAGUGCCAAUAUGGGCCAAGGAGGAAAGGGUUCCAGCCCAAAAAAGCUGGUGAGCAGGAAGGCACCUCUUGCCAUCUGUACAAAGCCACUUGUCCAGCAAGGAUCUAUAUUAAAAAGGUUCAGAAGUUUCCGGAAUACAGGGUUCCUACUGACCCUAAAAUUGACAAGAAAAUCAUAAGGAUGGAGCAGGAGAAAGCAUUCAACAUGCUGAAGAAGAACUUGAUAGAUGCUGGUGGUGUCCUCAGGUGGUAUGUACAGUUACCCACUCAGCAAGCCCACCAGUAUCAUGAAAUGGAAACUUCCUGCCUCCCUUCUUCACCCUCCCAUUUUUCUGUGCCUUCUCCUGAGGAGGAGGAGGAAGUUGUUAGAGAUGAGAACUGUAUUCUGCCUUCCCGACUUCAUCCUCAAGUGGCAGACAAGAUCCGAGAACUGGUGUCUCAGGGAAUAGAGCAGGUCUAUGCAGUGAGGAAGCAACUGAGAAAGUAUGUGGAAAGAGAAUUAUUCAAGCCUGAUGAAGUGCCAGAAAGACAUAACCUGUCCUUCUUCCCCACUGUGAAUGACAUCAAGAACCACAUUCAUGAAGUGCAGAAGUCCCUGAGGAAUGGCGAGGUCGUGUAUAAUUCGGAAAGUAUCCCAGCAACGCUGCAGUGGACCACAGACAGUGGGAAUGUUCUCACAGAAACAGUGACUGUUACGUUUGCCUCGCCACCUUCGGAUGGGAGCUCAGCAGGGGAGUCAUUUGUCACCAAAGCAGAAUCCAACCAGAGUGGGGAGUCCUUGCUACCAGAAGCAGCUCAACUAUUGUCUUCACUCUCUUCGCUUCAGCCCAAGAUAUUUGCACAACUUCAGGGAUUACAGCUGCAGUCGACUUUUACCUCCACAAAUGGAUCAACAGCCCUGAUAGCUGUAAAUAACCAUUCCCCUCCCAGCCCUGCAAGUCUCCUAGAUUCCACAGGAAGCGCAGUAACCAGCCACCCUGUAGUACUUAGUCAGGGACACAGUCUGCAAACAAGUCCUGGCCUAACACAGCAUAGCUCUGCUACCUCUGCUUUUGGGACUCCACCUGGCCCUGAUCAGAGUCUGCUCACCAUGAGCCAGUUGGUAGCAGUAGGAGGGGUAGAUGACUCCAGAAGCCUAGAAGGAGGAGUCCAUCAGAUUCUGUUGGGAGAUGUACAGACUAUUCCAGUACGGAUUGUGGACAGCCAUCCAGCACUUACUGAAGAAAAUGCAGAGGGAGUUAUCUGUGUGAGCCAAGUUAAACAAGAGCCAAGAGAAAAAGUAUUAUCUGUGGAGCCAGAUAAAAUCAGAGGCUGCCAUAGUUCCUCACCUGUUUAA